AUGGCGCAGAACCUGUACAGUCCGCGAGUACGGAUGGGCAACUGGAACGAGGACAUCUACCUGGAGGAGGAGCUCAUGAAGGACUUUUUGGAGAAGAGAGAUAAGGGACAGCUUCUCAUUCAGAGAAAUAGGCGACUCAAAGAGAAUCUUUUGAGACCGAUGCAGCUUUCCAUAUCUGAGGAUGGGUACGUUCACUGUGGCGACAAAGUGAUGCUUGUGAAUUCCGACGACCCUGAGACAGAAGCCCAUCUGGUUUUGGGCGGGGACCUGAGCCUGUGCAUGACCCCAGAUGAAAUUCAAGCCCACCUGAGUGACGAGUUAGAGGUGCCCUGUGGCCUGAGCGCAGCUCAAACCAAGAUCCCAGUUGGCAGAAACACUUUUAUCAUUUUGAGUGAGGACAGGAAUGCCAUGGGUCAAGUCCUUAGAUAUGGACAGAACUUCUGCCUUGCGAUAACAGGAGGAUUUGAAGGCAAAAUGCUGUAUUUAUCAAGUGACCACAGGACCCUGCUGAAGUCGUCAAAGAGGUCUUGGCUUCAGGAGGUGUACCUGACAGAUGAAGUCUCCUACCUGAACUGCUGGCAGGCUGCCUUCCUCGACCCCCAGCUACGCCUGGAGUAUGAAGGCUACCCCGUUCCGGCAAAUGCAAAAGUUAUCAUCAAUCACUGUCACACGAAUCGGGGACUGGCAGCCCACCGGCACCUAUUCUUAAGUACCUAUUUUGGAAAGGAAGCUGAAGUGGCGGCUCACACACAUCUGGAUUCACACAGAGUUGAAAAGCCAAGGAACCAUUGGAUGUUGGUGACUGGGAAUCCCCGCAAAGACUUGUCCACCAUGUUGGACCUGCAUAAGCCACCGGCGGAGGACAGCCGAGCCCUGGAGCAGGCCACCCAAGCCCUGGAGCAGGCUGUGGACCCCGGGGUGCAGUGACCCCAGGUGCACCCGCUCAACGGUCAGCGGGGGCGGUCAGGACCUCUACCUGACUGGCCACACGAUCUUGCAAUGAUUUUUUGCCAAGUGCAAAAUAGUCUUUGAAACUGGCACAUUUGCCAUGGCAGCUAUGUGAUCAGAAAGUU